AUGGCCCCGGCUACGGCCAUCCCGCGCGGCCUCGCCUCGUACAAGAAAAAGGACGGCAUCGUCACCCUCACACCCGACCAGAGUGCCCUGAUAUGGUCCCCGCUUCCCGGCACCGGCCCGCCCGUCGUCUCCCUCGCCGUCAGCCGGCUCAGGAAUCUGCAGCGCACUCCCGACUCAGCUCCCAAGGUUAUCCUCAAGGUCUUUGAGAAGCCCCGGACCCCUGACGGUGAACCCAUACCCUACGCCUUCACCUUCACCUCGCCCACCGAAGCCAGAAACGAGGCCAAUGCCCUCAAGGAUUUGCUCUCCGAGUUCAUCAAGGCCAACCAGCCCGGCGCUGCUGUUGGUCCUGCGACCCCCGGCGCCGGCCCGGCAGCGGGACCCGGAGCGGCCUCGUCCGCCGUUGCCGGCAGCAAUGGCGCUUCGGCUUCCGUCUCCUUCGCCAACGCCGCCAACGCCGCCAACGCAAAGCAGCGCCCCCCUGUCGUGCGUUGGUUUGAUGACGAGUCCCUCAAGACCAACACGCAGAUGCAGCAGUCGCUCAUGAAGCAGGAUGCCGAGCUGAGCCAGAUGUACGCCGAUGCGCGUACCACCAAGCCCGACUCGCUCUCCGACGGGGCCUUCAACGCCCAGUUCUGGUCGAGCCGCGUCGGCCUGCUGCGCGCCCACGCCAUCGAGCUGAACCAGAAGAAGGGCGCCUACAACAUCCUGGCGACAGUCAAGCCGCGCGUCGAGAACGGCGAGCUACGGCUCAACAUGAAGCCCGAGCAGGCCCAGAUGAUCCUGCAGCAGCACCCGCUCGUGCAGCGCAUCUACAAUGAGAACACGCCCAAGCUGUCCGAGACGGACUUUUGGAGCCGCUUCUUCAACAGCAAGCUGUGCAAGAAGCUGCGCGGAGAGCGUGUUACCGACCUCGACCACGACGACGCUGUCUUCGACCGCUACAACGAUGCCGACAACUCGCUGGCCUUUGCCACCCGUAUCAUGUCCCAGCCCGUGCCGCACAUGAUCGACCUGGAAGCCAACGAGGAAAACCAGGGCGGCGGGCCCCGCAGCGGCAACCGCAAGGACGUCGAGAUGCGCCCGCGCUACAACGUGCCCAUAGUCAAGACGCUCAACAGCCUGAGUGAGAAGAUCAUGGCCAACGUGGCCCCCACAGACGGCGAAUCGGCCUCGGAGCCCGCCGCCGCCAAUGGUGACGGUGGAAGCGCCAAUACCAAUGCCGGCGCCGGUGCCGUUGGCGCGGUCGACAACACGCUGGGAGAGCUGACGCUUCGCGACCUCCGGGGCGACGUCGAGGCCGACCGCAUCGUACUCAAUGUAAAAGAGCAGAGCAAGUUCCUCUCGGACCGGCAGACCAUCGCCGAGGACCAGUCGGAAGACUCCAGGCUGUACGAGAAGCAAGUGCCGGGCGACGUGCUGUUCGGGGUGCAGGCAGACAUGGAGACGCUCGACGACGACGGGGCCGGCCGGCUGGACCUGCACCUGAGCAUCGGCGUCGACGAUAAGAGCGACAGCGACGCGGAGGAGGGCACGCGCAUGGCGCACGUGGGGUCGCGGGCCGCGCGCAAGGACGCCCAGGACCAGAUCCUCGACGGCAUGCGCAAGAAGCGCGCCGAGUCCAACUACACCAGCGGCGGCGACCCCGCGUCGUCGCCCAUGGGCAUACCCUCGGAGAUCGCGCUGCGUUGCGCCAUCACCAACGCCACCACCACCGAGUUCCUGCGCCAGUUCUGGAACGCCUUCAUGUCGCCUGCCGGCGGCGGCAGCACCAGCACCGCGCGCGAGCUCGCCCACCACGCCGAGGCCCUUGCCAAGUCGCGCGAGCGCAUCGACGCCCUCGCCGCCGAGGCCGAGAAGAUCCGCGACCAGCUCAACGAGAAGCGCAAGGCCCAGAUCCGCGAGCACUUCAAGAAGACCAACAAGCGGCUCCGCUACGUGCCUGUCGGCGGCGGCAAAGAAGCCGUGCUCGCCCUCUUCGAGGCCACCCUCACGGGCCUGCACGCCGCCCAGGCCCUGUACAAG